AUGGAUCCACCUGAGUUCGACGAGUCCGCCCCCAAUGGCGGAAAUCCGCUUGAGGUCGAUGUCAACGCCCAAUUCGCUGGUUUCGAAUUCCACGCCGUUUACCUCAUCAUCUGUGCCUAUCUCGUCUGGCUGAUCAUUCCGGGUCUGGCUUUGCUGUAUGCUGGAUUGGCUCGUCGCAAGUCCGCACUUGCAAUGUUGUACCAAGGUUUUGCCGUCAUUGGUGUCGUCACCUUCCAAUGGAUGUUCUGGGGCUACUCGCUUGCCUAUUCUCGAACAGCCGGCCCUUUCAUCGGAGAUCUUGCAAACUUUGGUCUCAAGGACGUUACAGCUGCACCUUCCCCUGGUAGCGCAUAUCUUCCUGAGAUUGUCUUCUGUUUGUACCAAUUGCUCUUCUGCAUCUGCACAGUCAUGAUCGUGGUUGGUGGUGCUUUCGAGCGCGGCCGUGUCAUCCCAUCUCUCUUCUUCGGUUUCUGGUGGGCUACGAUCGUUUACUGCCCAAUCGCUUGCUGGACGUGGAACGGCAGCGGCUGGUUGUAUAACCUGCCUUCGCUCGACUAUGCUGGUGGUGGUCCAGUUCAUAUCGCAAGUGGUUGCUCUGCCUUGGCGUAUGCUCUCGUCCUCGGAAAGAGGAAGCUUCAUGGCCAGAAGAGUAUGAUGAAGCCUCAUAACGUCUCGAUGGUGUAUAUCGGAACUCUGCUCAUCUGGGUAGGAUGGUUUGGCUUUAACGGUGGUUCAACCCUCAACGCAACUGUCCGAUCGUAUAUGGCCGCUUGGAACACCAAUGUUUCGGCUGGUAUGGGCGUUCUAGGCUGGACCAUUAUCGAUAUGAUCCGCUACAAGGGAAAACUCUCCACCGUGGGAGCUUGUGAAGGAGCCAUUGCUGGUCUUGUCGGUAUCACACCCGCCGCUGGUUACGUUUCCGUCUGGCUAGCUGCUGCCAUCGGUCUAAUCACCGGUAUGGUAUGCUCAUCGCUCAAGAACGUCAAUGAUUGGAUUCGUGUCGACGAGGGCAUGGAUGUAUUCAAACUUCACGGAAUUGGCGGUAUGGUUGGCUCCUUCUUGACUGGUAUCUUCGCAUCAGCAUCGGUUUCCUCACUCGAUGGAGGCACAUUGGCCCCUGGCGGAAUCGAUGGCGAUGGAGCACAGGUAGCUCGACAGCUUGCCGACAUUGCCUCCAUCUCCGCCUAUUCGUUCACGGUCUCGCUUUGCCUGCUGUACAUCAUGAAAUUCAUCGGCAAAUUUGUUCCAUUCUUGGCCCUCCGUAUCAGCGAAGAGGCAGAACUCCGUGGAAUCGACGAGGAUCAAUUCAUGGAGGAGGAAGUCGGCGACUGGUCUCUUUUCGAGCAUGGAGCGUCACUUACACAUGGAACAACACACGACUCCCAUCUCGUCUCUAGUCCACCAAGCCCACCUCCAGAGUCCGUUGAGAAGAAGACUACCUCUUCAUAA